GUUGCUCUGCCAUACUUAGAAGGAGACAGCCAGGUUACCAGUGUGAUCCACUCCACAGCUUCAGUGCAACCCAGGCUUCUGCUUACUAUUGUACAGCCAAAAAAAAAAAGUGAGGCUUUAUGUGGGAAGCCCUUAGUAGGGAACUGAUUUACAUUAACCAAGCUAGCAGGCAGAGCUCCUUGUCAGCAGAGGUUGCUUUUUGGGUUGGUUCACAUGCCAGUCACGUCCACCCUUUGGAACAGCGAACAGCAACACUGGGGCUUCAUCAAGUGAUGAGAACAGACGUCAAACUGGCCUAUGAAUAUUGAUGUGGAGGCUAGUCUGCUUUCGUAGAGGAGCAGAAGGAAGCAAGAUGGCUGCCCUUUAGGAUUUGUUAGAAAGGAGACCCAGACUGUGUUUGCUGGAUUUCUGCAAAGCUGAGGGACAUUUAAGAGGUACGUUUGCGAGGAAGCUUUUUGGAUGGCCCCGGAGCAGGCCAGAUGGAAGAGGAAAGUACCAACCAUCAUGAGGGCAGUAGAUUGGGUCCACUCCUAAUACAUCCAGUGCCUGCUAGCCAAACCAAUAUCUCACAGCAACAAAAUGGGAACCUGACAUCCGAGUGCUCUCAUGUCCAAGUUAAUGGAGACAAGUAUUUAGCAACAAAAAGCAGCUUCAGCAUCACACAUAUGAAGGGAAACCAGGAAUGUGCCGAUUCUGACCCACUGCAUGAAAACAGAGAUUAUCCCAACCGUAUUGAAAAUGGCGGCUUCAAGCGCACUUUUAGUGAUCCUUUGAUUUCUGAAUCCAUUCAUUUGAAAAAAGUGAGAGGAGGCGAAACAGUUAAUGGAGAAAAACAAGGUGACCUGAAAAAUAUUCAACCAAGUGUCUUUGAUUUUGGCUGUAAAGAUGAUUCGGCAAGAAUAUCAGAACAGAAAAAUAAAGGGUUUCAGGUUCCCAGUGAGCAAUGUAAAGACGUGAAUUCCCAUAACAGAGACAUUGUCUUAGGUCUUGCGGCUAGGACAGUGCCAAUGUCAAACGGUGCUAGCUUUUCUGCUUCUUCCAUGGAAACUAUUCACCAGGAACUCCUGGAGAAAACAGAUCCUCAAUAUUAUAACAACAAUGUUUCCACUGCAGUGCAGAAGCAACCUCCUCACAUGGAUGCCAUUAACACUCAAACGGAUGCUAGCAAUGAAUUGUCUACCCAGACAAUUCAUUCAUCACAUACCUCAGGACAGAUCACCUCCCAACAAACUUUGAAUUUGGUGCUGCCUCAAGAGUCAGAUGCAAUGGCUGUUGAGGCUUCCAAUGGUGAGAGCUUCAGUGAGCAAGCUGUAAUAUCCAGAAACUACUCACUUCACAUACAUGAACAACAACCACUUCCACAGGAUACACCCAAAUAUAACUCCCAUACACUAACAUCUAACAGGAACUGUAACUCACGUGGACCUGCAGAACAUGCUUCAAACCAUCAACAGGCUGUUUCUACCAAUGAUUCUUUCCUUUUCAGAAAUAUGAGAACUGAUGAGAAGUUAGAUCAUGAAAAGAAGGAUCCUUUUACUUCCCUACAGUUCAAUAAAUUGCUGUAUUCCCAAGAAAGUGAAGGUUUUAAUUCCAAUCAGAAUACGUAUGAUGAAACCAUUUUCAAUUCUUCCCUAUCCAGUCAAUCUGGUAAGCUACAUGAUCAAGCAGUUUCUUCUCAGUCUGCUGUUCUGCACCCCCCUACAGUUAUAAAACAUAUUAUGCUACCCACAGAAUUACCUUCACCUCAGUGCACAGCAGUGAGAGAGGCAUCAUCCGAAAGCUCUAUUGCUAACAGAUGUAUCUCUAAAAAACAGUCAGAAAAACAAACACCCCUGCAAGAGAUUGGCCAAGAGAGUUGCAAUGGUGUAACAAAAGAAAGGGAACAAUUCAUGCAGCAAACUAAUCCAUAUUUGAGGACAAGCUGGUUAGAACAUCGGCCCAAUUACUGUAGGCAAAAAGAUUCUUCUCAGAAGUCAUCAGAGGAUUUAUUGCAAUUACUAAUUCAAUCUCAGUCGCAAAGCCAGAUGAAGCUAAAGCAAUAUACAAGAAAACCUGGAUUAGUUGAUCUUAGUCCGCGUAACCCUGAAUCACCAACAAAUGGGGUUUUACAUCAGUCAGAUAGUCCUGAUCAGCAGCAACAUUUCCAAAAGCACUUAUCACAAACAAAGAUUGACUCCCAGUUACAAUCCUAUACACAGAAAAAUAAAGCAAAUUGUUUUGGCUUUCAGUCUAUGCCAGAACAAGAAACUCAGCAUGCAUUUGACCAAGUCUUGAAACAGCACUUAAAAUUACAGACUUCAAAGGAAGAGUUAGUUUCCCAUAAUUUGCAACAUGCAAUACACCAGCAACAUACAAAACAAUGUGAAAGUCCACGGCUAAACCUUAACAAACAUCUUCAGCAGAAACAGGACAAAGAGGAAUUAUCACAAGCCUAUGCUAGCUCUGUGUACAAAAGUAAUCAAUCUAGAGGGAGCACACAAAACUCCUUAAAUCUAGAAGAAAACACACAUUCAAUAAAUCCUUACCCAAAUUCCCUUGGUUACCAAUUUUCUGCUGAGGACUUGGAGAGGGAAUUGAGGAAAUACCCAAGCAGCACAAAUGCAGCCCUUCAUCAAAAUCAUGAACCUAACAUGCACAGUAUGGGACCUUCUUGUGUAGGCAAAGAGCUAUAUACACCAGAGAAGAUUGAAUUUGGCAAAAGUAAUGGUAAAGACAUGACCGAGGAAUUGCAGCAACAUAUGAGACAUUAUCAGAAUCAUAAUAUUCAACAGCAUGACACACACAAUUACAACAACAAACAAAAUAACAGGGUUCCCUUUUCUAAUCCUCCACAUCCGCUGAGUCAAGAGAACAGCAGACUAAACCAUGAAGUUCCAAGAAGCAUGGAACACCAAAAAAGAUACUUACCACAAAGCCAUCCUACAACUAGUCUUUCACAAGAUCAAACAGGGUAUCAUUCUCAGUUUGCAAAUCAAGUAGAUUGUAUCCCAAAAUAUGCUGCUCUGAGGCAUCACUUGCUUCAGCGCAGAGAGCAACAAAAGCAUGAAAGUUCUCAUGGGCGUAGAUCUGCAAAAUUAGAGAACAACUGCAUGCGUACACCCGGGGAAAACAAAGCCGGGAGAAAAACAAUCAAGCAGGAGAGUCAGCAUUUUGGUACAGAGAUCAUGCAACAAAAGAGUAUAAUUGAAACACUGGAACAGCAGAUGAAACCGUAUCCUGGCAAAUCGGUGUUUCAUAAUCAUAUAUCAACAAUUAAAUCACCCAAGCAUGUUAAGGUAGAGUCAUCAGGUCCCAUUACAAUUCUAAGUACACACACUAAUUCUUCUACACUAGACCAACAACCCAUUCCUCCUCAAGAAAAAACCCCAACCAAGAGGGCAGCAGGAUCUGCUCUGAAUAAUUUUUUAGAAUCGCCUUCAAAGCUUCUGGGCACACCUAUUAAAAACCUUUUGGAUACCCCUGUGAAAACACAGUAUGAUUUUCCAUCAUGCAGCUGUGUAGAACAAAUCAUUGAGAAAGACGAAGGACCCUACUAUACACAUCUUGGAGCUGGACCUAAUGUAGCCACCAUCAGGGAAAUGAUGGAAGAAAGGUUUGGUGAGAAGGGUAAAGCUAUCAGAAUUGAGAAAGUGGUGUAUACAGGAAAAGAAGGCAAGAGUGCUCAGGGAUGCCCUAUUGCAAAAUGGGUAAUUCGGCGGAGUGGAGACGAGGAAAAGCUGCUGUGCUUGGUGAGGGAGCGGGCUGGGCACUCCUGUGAGACAGCUGUGAUUAUAAUUCUGAUAUUGGUUUGGGAAGGAAUUUCUGUAUCGUUGGCAGACCGGUUAUACUCUGAGCUCACGGAAACGUUAAGGAAAUAUGGAGCCUUGACAAACAGACGAUGUGCGCGGAAUGAAGAGCGCACUUGUGCUUGCCAGGGGCUGGACCCCGAUACCUGUGGUGCCUCAUUUUCUUUUGGGUGCUCUUGGAGUAUGUAUUACAAUGGGUGCAAGUUUGCAAGAAGUAAAAUCCCUCGGAAAUUUAAACUUCUUGGGGACGAUCCAAAAGAGGAAGAAAAGUUGGAAGCCAGUCUACAGCACUUGUCAACCAUGAUGGCUCCAAUCUACAAGAAACUUGCACCUGAUGCAUAUAACAACCAGAUUGAGCAUGAGCACAGAGCUCCAGACUGCCGUCUUGGUAUGAAGGAAGGUCGCCCUUUCUCCGGGGUCACUGCCUGCUUGGAUUUUUGUGCUCAUUCCCACAGGGACUUGCACAACAUGCAAAAUGGCAGCACGCUGGUUUGCACUUUAACCAGAGAAGACAAUCGUGAUAUUGGCAAAUUGCCCCCGGACGAACAAUUGCAUGUCUUACCUCUUUACAAGAUUUCUGAUGUGGAUGAAUUUGGAAGUACUACAGCUCAAGAGGAGAAGAAAAGUUCAGGUGCUAUCCAGGUUCUUUCUCAUUUUCGUAGGCAAGUGAGAAUGCUGGCAGAACCAGUAAAAACAUGUCGGCAGAAGAAAUUGGAGGCCAAAAAGGCAGCAGCUGAAAAAUUGUCUGCAUCUCUUGAAAACGGCAGUAGCAAAAAUGAAAAGGAGAAGCCUUCACGACACAAGAAUUCACAUCUGGAAACUGCAGCACAUGAGAAACAGCUAGCAGAUCUGUUGAGAAAUUCAAGACCAGUUAUGCCGCACAGUUCCAUUCCUAAUGUCAACCAUACUAAUCCCAUGGCCUCAUUUUCAGGCUCAGAUCAUUAUGCAAGCCUUAUGGAUCUUUUCCAUGCCCCUCCUAACUCAGCAGUUGCUUGUGCCUCCAAUCUCAUGAAUCCUUAUCAAGGAUCAUUAAAUCAAGGUAGCCCAUGUCCUCCUUACCCAUGUAACGGAAAUGUUCCUAUGGAAAAUUGUUCAAAUUAUAUUGGCUCUUACCCUCCACACCCACCUCCAAUUGACUUAUAUAAGUUUAAAAACCAAGACUCCAUGAAUAAAUUAAGCUUGCCUCCAGUCCAGUCAUUGUACCAGCAGAAGUUCACUAAUAACCAAACAUAUGGCCACAAGUACUUGAAUUAUGGGAACGAGGACAUGCAAGCUGAUAAUUUUAAUGGAUAUGAUCAUAAACUAACUUCUCACCCUGCAGGGCAUUUUAAUCCUUAUUCUUUGCAUUCAUCUGAUCAUUUGUUAAUAGAUGGUGCUUCAAAAUCCAAUUUAUUUAAUCCAGAUUACUCCUCCAUGAACAAAAAUGGUGACUUUACCUUUCCACACUCAUACCGGCCUCAUGAGACUUCAAGUACCUUGGAAGGCAGAGCUGGCUCUCUGCAUCCUUAUGGUGAAAAUGGUGAAAUAAGCUCACAUGCAGCCAAUGGAAUAUCAAAAAUGCUUCCAGGUCUAAACCAUGAUAGGACUACGCUUGGAGGCCUCACAAGAACUAAUGGUGCUAAUGUUCAUGAAAAGUUAACACAGGCCACUACUUCAGUACCAGAGGAAAAAGAAGAGGUUUGGUCAGAUAGUGAGCAGAGCUUUCUGGAUCCUGAAAUAGGAGGCGUAGCAGUGGCCCCAACUCAUGGAUCAAUUUUAAUUGAAUGUGCAAAGCGUGAACUCCAUGCUACAACCCCAUUAAAGAACCCCAAUAGGAAUCACCCUACCAGAAUAUCCCUUGUGUUCUAUCAACAUAAAAGCAUGAAUGAGCCAAAGCAUGGCCUGGCGCUAUGGGAGGCAAAGAUGGCAGGUAAGGCCAGGGAAAAGGAAGAGGACUGUGAAAAAUAUGGCCCAGACUACGUGGCUCCAAAAUCUUACAAGAAAGCAAAGCGAGAACCAAUUGAACCAGCACAUGAGUCUGGCGAACCAGCUUAUCUUGGUUUCAUUAAAUCUCUCUCACAGAGGACAAUGUCACUUACCACAGAUUCACUUGUCAUGUCAUCUCCUUACGCCUUAACACGAGUUACAGGUCCUUACAACAGAUAUAUGUAGUCUACUGGGUUACCUCAUUUACAUCUAAGUGGUGCAAGAUUUUUUUACAGGCUAGGCAGUGUGGUUGUGUGGAAUGUGCAUUGUACAGAGGAGAGGCAGUAUUUGACUAAACCAAUCUGGGAAUGAAUACCAGCAAUGCAAGUUUUAUAUUUAAUAUCAUUGUUUUCUUCUUUAACUUAGAGAUGGUUACAGGAUGUGUUGAGGAAGAAUGUAAAAUCAUCCUAUGCAAAGGUGUUCAAAAGAUAUUGAAAAACAAAACCUGUUUUAGUGGAUGAAUUAUAAAAGUAUUUUUUUAUCUUUCUCCUCAAAUAAUUGUACAUCUGUGAUCACUUUUAUAGAAAAUAUAAAAAUAUAGUGUAUAGCUAGGAGCCAGAGCUGAACUUACUGUAGUGUUUCCACAUCAGGAAUCUUACAAAUAACAUCUGGUGCUGAAUUCCUGUUGUGCUAAGUAAUACUGGAAAUGCAAUUUUUAUUUUAAUUUUUUUGUUUCGGUUUUUAUAUACGUGGUAUAAAAUUGACCUCCAGUGUAUGUAAGUAGUCUAGAUGCACAGUUUUUAUUAUAGAGGGAGGGAAAACAACAACAAAACACUGAAGAUAUCUGGACAUUCUUUGGAAAGAUUGGUGCUAAAAAGAGUGUCCUUAUAAGUCUAUAUGUUUAAUGCC